CUGUGCUGAGCGGAUCAGUGCUGAAACAGCUGUUAGCGAGAAUAGUCGGAAAUUGUGGGAGCUGAAGUGUUGCUUGGCUCACAAACGGUUCCCAAUACAGACACCCUCUCUUUGAAGACAUAGAGUCUGAGUCUCUGGCAAUCGAGUCAGUCGCGAUAGGGCAUCCCCCUAAGAACGUCCUCUUCUCUUGAAACACAGCGGCAUCCAGUGAAUAUUGGCAGAUUAUUAAAACUCUUGUGCGAAAGAUUACUUGGUCGCUUCGCUCCCAUGAAAGGGAAUCGCGAGUGUUUGAAUUUUCAUGGAAAUCCUACGAGUUCUCCACACGAGAUUCACUGUCAAUCUCAAUCACGGGAAUUCGUAUAAUCAAUAAAGACAUUUUUUGCGUGAAGUGCGUUGGUGAAGAAUUGUAUAGUGACAGGAGAGCAGUUUAUUGAAAGUGUGAACGAUUUUUUCUGUGAAGCAGGAAGAAACUUUGGCGUCGUCUGUCCACAAAAUGGUACCCCAGCAUUCACAAGAGGGUAACAUGACACGUACAGACAUUGAGUCUACCACCGCGGCCACCGAUGGCCUCCAGCACACCAGGAUCGUCUUUGGAUCGCAGCUCGUGGAUAAAAACUCCAGCACCCCCUAUUCAGAUGCCACCAAGACAAAGAAACACCAUCCAGGUCACAUCAAGCGGCCCAUGAAUCCGUUCAUGGUGUGGAGCCAGAUUGAGAGGCGCAAAAUAACCGAAGUGACCCCAGAUAUGCACAAUGCGGAGAUUUCGAAAAAUCUUGGCGCUCGAUGGAAGGCACUGUCGGAUGAGGAGAAGAAGCCCUACAUUGAGGAGGCGGAGAGGCUGAGGAAGCUUCAUCUGCAGGAGUACCCAAACUACAAGUACCGUCCGAAGAAGAAGCAGAACAAGCCCACGAAGUCCACGCCAUCUGCCUCGUCUCCGUCUUCGGUGUCCGCCUCGUCGCCCAGUUCCACGGGCUCGCCGGCGUCCACGUCGCGCUCGCCGCCGCUGAGCGGCGUGCGCAAGGCGACGCGGCGCAACAGCCAGCGCGCGACGAAGAACGACACGAACAACAACAGCCGCAGCCCGGCCAAGAUGCGCAUCCGGCUGAGCCCGAUCACGGAGCUGAUACGCAACGGCGUGGCGGCCGCGAACCAGGGGCAGACGAUCUAUGCAAUAAAUGAGCCCGUGACGGGCCCGCAGGUGUACAGCAUGGACGGCAACGAGCAUAUCCCCAACUCACCCGAAAGUGCCACAUUCUACGAGGACAGCUCGCUGGCCGUGGCCGCGGACACGCAGACGGAGCGCAUGUUCGAUCCGCAGGAGCGCUUGUUCGACAAUGACACCAAAAUGUUCCUCGAUAAUGACUCCUUCGGGGCGGACACCAAUGAUCUCCUGGACACGUUCUGCGGCGAGGACAAGACGAAUAUCACCAUUGAUCUCAUGGCGCGGUACAUCGAUGUGCCGAGUCAGAAGCCAACGGCGUUCUACUACAGCAACGGCGCGAUGUACAACAUGGUGGCGAAGAAGUAUCCGGACGACAUCACGCGUCCGCCGUCGCAGUGCACGGGCGCGAAUGGGUUCGAGCAGGACACGCUGAGUGAGCUGCUCACGUCCAAUGAUGCCAACCUGAACGCCACGAUCUGCGAUAAGAGCCAGCUCAACAACAACUACCACACGGAAUUCAGUGAGAUCAAGCAGGAGACUGAUCGGGCCGACAUCGAGGCCUUCAACCACAUAAUCGAGCCCAUGGACUUCCAGAUUGACUCGUACGACAACCUCGAGACCAACUCCUCCAGCUCGGGCAGCCACCUGGACUUCCCCUACAGCGAGGCGGAGACGUCCAAGAUGCUCACGGACUUCGACAUCCCCAUGCUGUUCCCAUCCUAAAGG